AUGCCAUUACCACUAGAUCAACACAAUUACCACUCGGCCAAUACCAACACCACUUGGCCAACACAAUUACCACUCGGCCGAUACCAACACCACUUGGCCACCACAAUCACCACUCGCCGAUACCAACACCACUUGGUCAACACAAUUAACACUCGGCCAAUACCAACACCACUUGGCCAACACGAUUACCACUCAGCCGAACCAUUACCGCUCAGCCAACACAAUUACCACUAUGCCGAUACCAUCACUGUUCGACCAACUCCAUCACCACUUGGCCAACUCCAUCACCACUCGGCCAACUCCAUGACACCUCGGCCAACUCCAUCACCACUCGGCCAACUCCAUCACCAGUCGGCCAACUCUAUCACCACUCGGCCAACUCCAUCACCAGUCGGCCAACUCCAUCACCACUCGGCCAACUCCAUCACCAGUCGGCCAACUCCAUCACCACUCGGCCAACUUCAUCAUCACUUGCCAACUCCAUCACCACUCGGCCAACUCCAUCACCACUCGGCCAACUCCAUGACACCUCGCCAACUCCAUCACCACUCGGCCAACUCCAUCACCACUCGGCCAACUCCAUCAUCACUUGCCAACUCCAUUACCACUCGGCCAACUCCAUUACCACUCGGCCAACAUGGAACUGAUAAAAUAAGGAUAAUUUUUAUAACAUUAUUAUAA